UGGCAGAGGAGAGGUGGUUUACCGGAAGCUAGUUAACGCAGAGGGUUUCAGUAAGACAGUUCUUUUCUCUACACCGCUUGAUCUGUAAAUGUGAAACGGGAGGAUAUUCAUGCUUCUGAGACCACAAACAUAUCAAACAGGACGGCGGUGACAUGACUCUGACAAGAGGAUCCUUCACGUACUCCAGUGGCGAAGAGUACCAUGGGGAAUGGAAGGAAGGUCGGAGGCAUGGCCUAGGACAGCUGAAGUUCUCCGAUGGUACAUGCUACACCGGGCAGUUUGAGAACGGGCUGUUCAAUGGCUGUGGAGUUCUGGUGUUUCCUGACGGCUCAAGGUACGAGGGUGAGUUUGUGCAGGGGAAGUUCCAGGGUGUAGGUGUCUUCAGUCGAUUUGAUGGGAUGAAGUUUGAAGGGGAGUUCAAAAGUGGUCGCGUGGAAGGAUAUGGUCUGCUGACUUUCCCGGACGGAGCGCACGGCAUUCCGCGGAACGAAGGUGUAUUCGAGAACAACAAGCUGCUGAGGCGGGAGAAGUGCCAGGCGGUCGUGCAGCGGGCACAAGGCUCGGCGUCCACUGCCCGUGGGCUCUCUGUAUGACCAGCAGAGUUCGCUGCUCACAGCUGGGGGGCACUCAGGGAUGGAUGACAGGGUAGCACCCCUCCCCCUCUCCUCACCCCUCUCAUACCCCAACCUCCACCCCUGUCCCAACCAUGUUGGGCUGGUGCUCUUCUCCACACAUCUUCUGUCUGCCUCUCAGUGAGUAACAUUAUUUUUUGCGCUAAGAAAUUAGCGCUGCCUUUGAUUCAUUACAGGCUGUACUGUAUCCCUCUGGGACUAUCUUGCACUUCGCACUGCUCUUCUACACACACACAAACAUACACACCAGAGUAGGAGUCAAAACCAGACCUCUCAAGACCCGAACCCAGAGGUAACCUUAGACCCCCUAAGUCUAAGAUCCAGACCAAGACCAGACUUACCAUGUCUUGACAAGACCAUGGAAUGGAAACAUUGUCCUUACAUUGUCCUUUUAUUUUACAUAAAAUACAAGGAGGACAAACAAUAGGUCGACCCCAUAAGCAGCAGUAUAAAAUGAACACUUACCUGGCAUAGGCUAAUGCCAUUUUGAAAUUGGGCUUUCAAGACCUUCAUGUUAUUUAUGCUGAAACCGAUCUUAGUUAAAUAAGCCUGGCUACCACAGUCAACACCAGGCAGUAUUAUUUCUUAUGCUAAUUCAGAUAGCUAGUUUAUAUUCUGCUAAUCUCAAACAUUGUUUUGAAGCUGUCUAGAGGUUGAAUUUAUGUGUGGGGAAAAAAGAGCUAUGCUUUUACAGUUAUGCUUUAUGAUGUUGUCCAACUAAAGCCUUUCCCAAGUAGGAAAGUUGAAUGAAUGAAGCUGGAUAAUGCUACACAGAUUGGGCAGUGAAACUGUCUUUUAAGAACACUGACGUGAACAGUGAAGUUGAAUGUUAGCGAAUGUUAACCUGCACUGACGAGUCACGUUUCUGUUGUAGUUGGGCUAUCUAACGGGCUAAACCUAGCUAGUCAACAAACUCAGUAAUCAGUAAAUUUCCUGGUCAAGUAAUGUUAUAAGUUCAUCAACAUACCUCGUGAAAGAGGAGGUUGUACCUCGGAAAUUGCUGAACUACGUCUUACAAAUUUUGCAAGUUUGCACAGUCCUCUUCAAAGUUUUUGAACAUGAAUUUCACAAUGUUCGGCUCCAAAAUUUCAUUAGAAAACUGAAACAAGAUCCAGUUUAUUGUAUUGUAGUAAUGUUUACAGCAGGUAGUCAGAUACAUGUAAUGUGCCUAGGAAGUUUCCAGUAGGCUUGCAUCAAAGAAAGGUCUAUCUAGCAAGCCAGUUUUAAGACUUUGCAAAGGAUAUGUAAUAUUUAGAAGGCUAACAUACACCAUCAGUUAGUCUGAUAAGAACAGAAAGAGCUACAACUUUAGCUACAACUACAACAAAUAUUUAAAAUGUAGCUUUCUUCUUUAGCUUGCUUCAAUGAUAGCUUUGGUACAAUUGUUAUGUAGCUAUCUGACUAGCUAUGAUAAUCUAGCUAUCAUGCAGAUAUUCAUGAUUGUAUUCAGUUAAAUCUUCAGUUAGUACACAUAUAUUAACUUAGAUAUUUUGGGGGGCCAUUAGGCGAACAGUUGCUGUUCAUUCUUUUUCCACCGUGUUACUAGGCAGCCAUGGUGCAGACAGCUCCAAUAUGCAACAAAAUAAACUUGCAAUAAAGUGACUUCUGCAAAGCAGCAACGUUAUGGCACAGACUAGUGGUGGAAUGGAGUGAUUAUUAUCUUGAGCAUGCUGCAGAGAGAGAAUUUGGUCUUGUCUGAGACCAUGGUCUUGCUCAAAGACCACGACCCAGAUCAAGACUUUGAGGGUUGAGACCAAGAUCCAGACCAAAGACCAUGUUUAUGUGGUCUCAACAGGUCUUGAGACAAAGACCAUUUACAUUACAUUACAGGCAUUUGGCAGACGCUCUUAUCCAGAGCGACGUACAACAGUGUAUGAGAUAAAUACUCCAUCUCUGAUACACACACUCAGACAUAUUAACGCAUGUGCAUGUGUGCACAAACACACAACUGUAGUGCAUUACAGCAGGGCUUUGCUCCUUUCUUGUUUUUUAUGUCAUUGAAUCACAGAAUCGCCUCUCACUCUGCUGGGGUGUGUGCAUGAGGAAAGGGAAACAUGGCUGAUAUUAUUACAGGACUUCAAGGCUGGAGUGUUAAAAAUCUCUUCUAUGAAGCAGCUUGGGCCUGGAAGGCUGGAGAGGCUGCAGGCUUGUUCACCACCUAAAUUAGCUAACCGUCGUCCUAAAAAUGAUUCUGCUUGCCGAAAAACCUCUGAGCCGGGCUUUUAGUUACAGUAUGGAACACAAAAUACCCUCCAAAUAAAUGUAUCCAUAAACUACAAUAAAUAUGGUAGAUGCAUAGGUUGCUUUGCAGGUGGAUUGCUCUUGAAUUUCAGUCCUUUGGGAUGGGGGAAUUUGAUAUCGACAUUUAGAAAAGAUCCUCUCUCAAGGGUGUAGGAGGCAUGCACCAUACAUAAAAAAGUAGAGGCGGAACAAAGCCAUAUUACAUAUGAAAUGCAUGCAUAAAUGCACAUACAUAUUUCAAAUACAUGCAUUUGUUAUACUAGCCAUCCCUGAUUCUGAGAGCGUGGGUGGUUUUAAAGAGCUGUAAAUGAAUGGUACUAGGCUGCAGCCCUCCAAGAGGGCAGUUUGUUAGCCUUGGGAACAAAGCAAGAAGGGUGAGUGGAGACAUUGUUGUCUACCACUUGGUCAGUUGUCAGUUCUCAACCCCCAGUGUCUCAGAAUGAGAUGCAGCAAGGGGAGGACAUGCACUUUCUGGUCGAGGUACAGUGGCAACUAUCCAUUUUAUGUGCAAUAAAACUGGUUAGGUCUCAGUAAAAUUGCAUCAUUGUACAGAUAGGAAAAAAAAUAUACUAGUGUAUCUGUAAACUUUCAAAUAUGUGCAUUAGAAAUGGUGCCCAUCCCUGAAUUCUUGAAUUUCAUUACAACCUGGGAUGCAAUUAUUGUGUGGGAAUGGAUGUUUUUUGGGAAUAUAUGCAGUUUUCUGAGGAAGUCUGUUGACAGAUUUCAUUAUAUUUGGACUGAUUUGACCUGAAUGGCUUCAGAGUGGUCAGACGCUGUACCUUCCUGAGAAAAUAAAUGUACGUAAAAACUAAAGUGAACACUGCAUUUUAGAACAAGUGGAUUUCUCACCUUGUAAGGAUCUUUUUCUUACGGUAUUGUUAAUGUAUUAGUUACCUAUUUAAAGUGUUCAUCAUGAAAAGGAGGCUUGCUUAACUAAUCGUAAGCUGUGAGUUGUAGAGCCUUGUCCAUUUGUCACGUUUCACUUUUUGCCUUAAUCUUGUGUUGAAUUGUUUUAAGAGUGUACCGCAUUAGUGUGGUAUCUCAGAAUACAAGAAGUGUGCAUCUGUCUCCUAGCCUUCAGGUGAAGAAAAAUAGAUGGCUAUGUAAUGGCCAAUUUCAGUGAGGUUAAGGAAUAUAAUAUAGUUUGAAGUUAGGCUUGACAUUUUACUUUACCAAACUUUUCUGUAUGAUGAGAUAUCACCGGACAUGAAGGAUAUGUCUUAUUUUAUAACUUUGGCUCUGAGACACUGACACUUUGUAGGACUGGGGAUGAGUUCAAAAGGAAAAAUUCACAGGUGCACAGUGUUUUACAAGAGCACUCACGAGAAGUGAAGCUUGGAGCUCACGGUUGUGGUAUGUGUUUAAAUUAGAUCUCAACUUCACGUCCCAGCAUCACAUCCGUGAAAUGUCUGUUUUGCCUGUCAAAGUACAUGUCACCGUUUCUCAAUUUAAAUGUUCCUUGUGGAAUGUAUCAUAAUUGUUUAUAGGGCAAUAAGGAACUCUGUUAUUCUUUUUCACUUUGCAAUUUUUGGUGAUUUCUCUUUGUCUAAUCUAAUGUAUUGUCAGGAUUUACACUAUAGGGAAUCACUAUUCAGUCUCACUUAAUUCAUUUUCACAUAUUGUGUGAAAGUUUGAGCAUUCCUGGUCAAAGAGUAUGCUGCAAUAAAUUAACUGAAGGUGAACUGACCUCUAUAUUGUUUCAAAACUAACCAUUACAUUAUUAUGUUAAUUUAAAUACAUGACUACUAUUUGUUUUAAUUUAUUAAAGAUAAAGGCUGCAAAUGAUUUAAUUAAGCUAAUGAUCCCAAGAAUAACUCAAAAUCAACCAUGAAAUAGUAACAGGAAAGAAAGGGGAGCUCUUAACCAUGCAGUGCAUGCAAGGGCAAAUUGCAAAUAUUUCUGAGCUUGAAGAGCUGCAAGGAAGAAUAGGAAGACUUACCCGAAUACAGAAGUUGUUUGUAAGUGAUUGUAUAUUUGUCAAAGUAUAUAACCACAAAGUAUAACAGGUAUUACGUAACUGGCAGGGUGCCAAAACUUUUACACAGGUCAUGUUCAAUUUGAUUUUCAAUUGAAUUGAUCUGUAAUAAAUGCAAACAAAUAGUAAUCAUGCAGUACAAUCUGCAGAAAAGAUGUCAUGUUUAUCUUUGUACUACAGUAUGUUGAAGGCAACUUCUGUUCACUUGUAAAAUUCAUUGUAAUGUACACCUUGACAAGGGGUGCCUAAACGUUUGCAUCCAUCUAAACAUUUAAAGGUUGUCCAGAUUGCUGUAGAGAUGCAUGUUUUUGUGGGAAUCUAAUGUUUAAGAUAUUGAGCUCAGAGUUUUUGGAUGUUUCUUGGGUUUUGUGAGAUUACUGUAGUCAUACAGUAAGAAGUAUGUGCAGUAGUUACAAUGUUGUGAGAAAUUCUUGCUAGCAGCAUCAGGGCUCAAAACAGAGCCAGUCUAUGAGGCUCUCAUGUGCUGUGGAGGUGGAAUAGAAAGGGUGCAUGUGAAACAGAAAAAAAGUAUUGAAAAUAAUAUUCACAUAACACUGCCCCCCUAACUGACAAAGGUUUAGGAUAUUUAAUGGAAAAUAUUGGCAAAAUUGUUGAAAAUCUUCCGGAACCACAGAGUGUUUAUUAAAUUAACUAAAAGACCCCAUGUGCAGCAAUGAGAAAUUGUUGAAAUAACAUAUGCAAUUGUAGCAACAGUAACAAGUGCUUGAAGUUUAAAAUAUAAUCCAUGGGCAGUUGCUGCUAGGAACAAAUAGGAGUAUAAUGUGUUGAUAGUCUGGUGCAUUUAACCACUUCAGCCCAUCAUGGAAAGAAACGCCAUGCUUUUUGCCUUUAACAGAACGUUGUUAUAAACAGAGCAUGCUCAAAUCCCAUUACUAAAGUAAUUAAACACAGUUAGCACGUGUCCGUUUUUAUUUCUUUAAAGUUUGUUUUGGUACAACAUAUUGUACAUUUUGAGGUUUGAGUCUUUGAUGGGGCACGGCAACAUUACUGUCAUGGGAGAAGGACUGCUUGGCAUCAACACUACUGACAGAGGCCAUCAUCUGAUUGCUACAACUGACAAGGACAGGAAUUUUGAUCCUAGCGCAUUCAAAAGUCUGUAUACAUUGUACACUUUUUCGCUCUCAGCAUUGCGCAAUAUAGGUAAAAAAAAAAAAGGCCGACACAAAUCACACUGUAGGCUGCUUUAAGGUUGACAGAUAGCAUCCAAAACUGCUGAAAAAUUUAAGAAAGUACUGAAAAUGAGAAAUUGCGGAAAUGGCGCAGAAUCUGCGAUACCUGCGGAUUCUGUGACAGACACCCCACCAUAGCCAUAAUAUACACCUAAUGCAUGGAAGGCUAGUAAACUCACAUCCAUAACCAAAGAUUUUAACCACUAUUAUAGUUUUAAUUGUAAUAAUUUACACAUUAACCCAUAUAGUCCAACAAAAAUGUUUUUUUGGAUAUCUGGUCCUUACCAUGAAAUGUUUUUUUUCCGUUGUUAGAAAUGACCUACAUCAAAAUAGUAAAUCGGAGACAGCUUGAAAAAAGACAGUAUACUUGUUUUCAUAAAAACUUGGACUUGGCCUGGAUUCAAUCAACACAAUUGUCUUUAAAUGAUUUACAAAUAAAUUCAAAAAUAUUUUUCCUUCAUUGGCUCAGUUUUGCAAGUUCAUUUAAAAAAAGUGAAAGCUUGCAAAUGAUGAUGUUUUUAAUUUAAGGGCAGAUGGUGACGGAAUACGGCCAAACAUAUACAAAAGAAGGAAUCAUGAAUGUGUGAAAACUUUGAAAAGUAGUGCAUCAUCUUCUUAACCCCUAAUAUCAAGUCCCGAAUUCAACUGAUAUUUGUCUUUAUCUUUGACUUAUCAAUGUUCAACACAAUGUUGACUAAACCCAGGCCCAAAUUUCCAGAAAUGUAUUAUUCCAUUAUGUUCUGUAAAGCAUAUUGUAGAAAGGUGCUGAAUAAAUAAUGACAUUAUUAUUACAAUUCAGGUAUUUUGAACUGUGGCCUCGUUAGCAUACAAUGGAAUUUGCCAAACAGGCUUCUUUCCUCCUCUGAGCGGAAGUCUGGGUUUAUAGACUACACUUUACCCCCCCUUACAAAAUACAUUUCCAUGGAGACCUUUUUUUUUUGGUUUGCUUUUAUCUCAAAGCCAAAGACUCUCAACUGGGCAACGGUCAACAAUAACAAAAUAGGGAAGUACUUUUUGGUAUGCCUCUGAUUGUACCUGUCAGUUAAGGGUUCAAUGCAAAGGUUUCAAUCUGUUGUGCUGAGGAUAAUAUUUAGUACUCCUGAGCUGUUCAUGUUUACAGGUUUGCUUUUUCUCAUUUCCUCUUUUAGCUGAACCUUGUUAAUCAUAUCAGCUAAAGAAGCCUGUCUCUCCCAAAAGCUUUAACGGUGUGAGGAAUAUAAAGAAAUGCUGCUAUUAACCUAUUGCCUAUGGAAGAUUGGAGAAACUGUGUUUAUGGCACAAGAACAAUUCCAAGGAUUUCUAAUUUUGUGCAACUCAACCCGACUCAAAGGCACAUUGUGAAAUCCUUCCGAGAGAGAGAGCAAAAAAGGAAACUAUUUAGAGACAUCACUUUUAGAUCUGGUUUAGAUUCAUUUUGCUUUCAUCUAACAAACAACCACUUGUUAAGGGCUGAUCAGUAUUCCAUGACCUCCUUUUGCCUACAAGAAUAGUAUCUGUAAUUUACACAAUAAUACACUACAGUAGCCUAAGUGGAUUUUUAGUUCAUUACAUUGCAUUAUUACUGAGGUGCAGUUUGUACCUGGGAUAUUUCCUGUCAUUCAUGUGUUUAUGUCUUGUCUCCACUUGUCUGUGGGGGAAACACAUUUAAAAAUGUAAAAAACCAAGGUCACUACUACAUCUAGGUCACUCCAGGUACUAUAUUUGAAUCUUAACAAAUUGUACCCACGGGCCAUGAUAAUAAGGUUUAAAGGUAAUUCCUACAUUGAAAAGCAAGAAAAACAAUCGUAUGUCUUAAUUUGUUGGGUUCUGAAAUCAGCUGAGAUUCUGUGCUGAUGUGUGCACCACUGAAAAGAUACUGAGGGUCUCUAUGCACUUUUGAGGGAGGGAGGUUGAGUCUUCUGAAUGAGUGAUUUUCAGUCAAAACAUUCUCUGUAAAUUCUCUACAUCCAUAGAAAAAAAGAAGGUUGUGGACCUUCCUGCACUUUCCAUAAGGCCCAGAAAUAUAGCGGUCAUUGCUUUUCUGUAUGGAUGGGUCAGAUUGCCAAGUUGUUGAUCCAAAAGAAUGCCACUUUUGUCUUUUCUCCUUGGGUUAUGAGGCAUGUCAAGGCCUUAAAUCUUUUCAAGCGAGGAGCAAGGGACAACCUUGAUGUUAAUGGGUUACUGCAUUAAUUCCUUUCUAUUUCUUUACAUGCACCACAGUGCCCUCAUGUGGGUGACUCAUAUUAAUACAAUAUUGUAAUGGACCAAUGUUGGUCAGCCUAUCUAGCGGGAAAAAUGUUCUGUGAGACUGUGAAGUAUUUGCAGCUUGCUUUGUAGCUUCUACACUGCUGAAUCAUGAGAAAAUGACAAUAAACUCUGAAUGCUGA